UUUUUAAUAGUAAAACAAUGAGAAAUACUUGAAUUAUUAAUAUAAAAUUGAAAUUUAAUUUUUUUUGUAAACCGCGCCAAUUCAGGUUCUCGCCAAAAGUCCUAACAGCCCGUUCACACUAGUCAUAAAGGCCUGGACACACCUGUCAUGCAGCCUUCCGAUCCGACUCCGGUCCGAUAUUGCUUAAAGAAUCUGAUCGGUGCGGGAUCGGAAAGGGGUGAGCACACAUGUCAUGCCCACUUCCUGCUCUUUUCAGAUUUGACACUCAGUCUACUCGAAAUCGCCAGUUGAAACGGUUGCGAAUAUAUUCCGCGAAUGUUGAAACAUUUUAGCAAUCGUGAUUUAGCUAUUGUGGCUAUUUGUUUAGAUGAAGAAGAUCGACUUAAUGCGAAGUCUUCGAUGAAGAGUAGUGGAAAACGUAAAUAUUGGGUUCAUGAUGCGUGGAAAACACGAGACAAAGAAGGAGAGUUUGCCACACUUUUACCUCACCUGUUGGACGACGAAACAAAAUUUUGUCAUUAUUUUAGAAUGCCGAUGGAUACAUUCAAUCGGUUGGAACUUAAACUCCAAGAAAGAUUAGCCAUGCAAGACACGUAUUUUAGAAAAACUAUCACUCCUAGACACCGUUUGGCUACAUUUUUAAGGUUUCUUGCUACUGGAGAUUCUUUCAAGACCAUCUCAUUCACUUACAGAAUGGGAAGAAGUACAGUUGGUUCCAUUGUUCAUCGUACAAGCAGAGUUGUAAUUGAAGUACUUUUAAACGAAGUAAUGCCAGCUCCGACAGAGGACAGGUGGAAUGAAAUAGCAAUCGAAUUUUGGGAAAGGUGGCAGUUUCCCAAUUGCAUUGGUGCUUUGGAUGGAAAACAUGUGACAAUACAAGCUCCAAAAGCAUCAGGAAGCCUCUAUUGGAACUACAAGAAAACAUACUCCAUUGUUCUUUUAGCGCUAGUUGAUGCUCGUUACAAUUUUAUUUUUGUAGACGUGGGAAGCUACGGAAGAAACUCUGAUGGUGGUGUUUUGGCGAAUUCCAAUUUAGGUAGAAAACUAUCUCGAAACCAACUUAACAUCCCAGACAAAAAAGGCCUCCCAGGAACAAACAUGGAACUUCCCAUGGUUAUAGUUGCCGAUGAAGCUUUCCCCCUCACAAAAAAUAUCAUGAGGCCAUUUCCUGGAAAGAACUUGUCUAACGAGCAAAGAAUUUUCAACUACAGAUUGAGCAGAGCUCGAAGAAUGUCAGAAAAUGUCUUUGGCAUUAUGGUGCAAAAAUUUCGAAUGUUCAUGAGGCCUCUCCAAGGAAAUCCUGACAACAUAACAAGGGUAGUUCUUGCAGCAUGUAUCAUACAUAACUUCAUUAGAAUUAACGAAGACUACAAAGUGCCAGAAGUAAGUGACAAUACAGACACAACUCCAGUGGAGAAAUCUCGUCUUCAGGAUUUUCCUCGUCGCUGAGGAGGGGAAAAUCGUGAAGCAUUCAAUGUAAGAGAGCAGUUUAAGCAAUUCUUCAACUCUGAAGAGGGUAGUGUUUCAUAGGUUAAUAAGUUAGUUGUUCUUCCUUGGAACUGUUCGAAACUAUGAGUAUUUUAUAGCUCUUCUUGUGUUACUUACAACUAAACAUUAUGGUUUUAUAUUUUAAAAAAUUUGAAAAUUUGUGAGAACCUGUGUACAAUAAAGAAUAUGUUUAAAACUUACUUGCACAAAAUCAAUGUGUUGAAUUAAUUAUAAUGCAAAAUAGCAAAACAAAUUGAAAUAAUACAAGUACAAAAGAUAGCAAAAAUUUGCCAAAUUUCAAGCCGCUAUCUUCAAAAUUGCGGCCGGUAUCGCGUGACAGACAUACGGACAGACAGACAGACAGACAGAAAAUCCAAAUGCAGAUCGAGUCUACUCUCUAAUCAUAGACUCACUUACGUUCGUCAAUUACUAUAGAUAAGAAUAAAUACCGGGUGUUUCAAAGGUCAGUUUACCAAACUA